AUGGUCCACUCCGGGGAAAAGCCGUACAAAUGUAAUGUCUGCAGUUAUUCCGCAGCACAGAAGUCGACGUUAAAACGGCACAUUUCCACACACACGGGCGAAAAGCCGUACAAGUGUGAAGUUUGCGAUUAUUCUGCAGCGCUGAAGUCAACUUUGAAGCGGCACCUGUCCACGCACACCGGCGACAGGCCGUACAAGUGUGACGUUUGCGAAUACGCGGCGGCAACCAAGUCAAACCUGAACGUGCACGUGACCACGCACGCGGCCGAGAAGCCGUAUAACUGUGACGUGUGCGGCUAUUCUGCAGCCCGAUUGUCUUAUUUGAAACAGCACAUCCUCCAGCACGCCGGUGAGAUCGACGCUGACAAAAGUGCCGUUUGA